CAAAAUAGAAAACAGCAUACACCGCGACGGAACAGAUCGUUCGGGCUAGCAGCGUUUCGGUUGAUUCCAUUUUUCUACCCCAUCUGUCGUUGACCGCCGUGCGAAAAACUUUCCACCCAACCCGUCGGUGAUUUUCCGAACCUUUUCACGGUGACCCAACAAGUUGUGCUUCACUUCUGGACGUGAAAAUUGUGAAAAGUUUCUUCCCAAAAGCACAAUUCCACGCCCGUAUCGGUGUGCUACUUUUAAUUAUUUACUGUUUUGCUGAUCCCAUUUGGUUUCCCUGUUCGGUAAUCAUGUCUCCGUACGGUUGCUGUGGUUGUUUUUCGUGUUAAAAACGGUGGCAAAAAGCGAUUUUCUUACGGCAUGGCACCAACAAUGCAGAUGCGUGGCGUACGCUCUAGUCAGCAGUGGUAUGGGAAUAUGAAGCCUUCCGCUAGCGGACCGGACAGACUAAUCGCACCAAUAUCCAUCAGCUUCCGAAGAACGGCGGCGUCAGUAGUGGCUACAGAGCGAGCAGUGCCGGCCACAGCCGUACUACCAGCGCACGGUACGCAACAUCCGGUCCGGCUGGAACUGAACCGACCGCGGCGACAUUAUCUACCUCAUCCGGACCGACAUCGGCGGCGUCAUUUGCCGUUUCGUUUAGCAAAGUUAAAACUCUAGCCCGGUAGGGUGCGUUUCUUCGCAAACGGAAGUGAACCGUGCCGAAUUGGACGACGAGAUUCAAGUGUGUGUGGGUGCGUGUGUGUGUUUGUGAGUGCAGCAGUAGUAACUAGAAAAUGCAGUAUAGUAACUAGAAAGUGACGUUUCCUGUCUAAAACAACAAAUCCCACACCUUUCCCCGCUAGGUCACACCCAAAGCGACACGUAUUUUGUUUGGUUCGGUACGAUUAGAAAUCAAAAAUGAAUUAAUUGUGCAUAGUGUGCCCCUGCACGACAUCACCAAACGGCAACGGUUACUACAGUACAUACGAUCACGCGCGCACUUAGUGGACGGCGCGUCACAACAUCAGCGCCUGAGUACGGUUGACACACAACAGAGCGAAGAAAAAAAAACGUGUGUCGCAAAAAUUGCGCUUUCUUUAACCUUCAACUUUGCCAUCAGUGCCGGGUCCCACCCUCGGUGUACCAUCGAUCGUGUUUACAAAACAAAACAGCAACAACAACAACAACAUAAAAGUGGAACAGCAACCGGGUCGGGUUUGGUGUGAUUAAUUCGCAACUGCUAAGGUAACGGAUCAAGGAUUCUAAACGAUGGAGGUAGUAAAUGGGGCGCCUACUACGAUGCCGAGCGUGUGGGUGUUUGGAUACGGUUCCCUCUGCUGGUAUCCGGGGUUUGAUUACUCCGAAUGCAUUACCGGCUACAUACGCGGAUACGUGCGCCGGUUCUGGCAGGGCAAUGUAACACACCGUGGGACGAAGGAGAAGCCGGGUCGCGUGGCCACUCUAAUCGAGGACAAAGAGGGUAUUACGUGGGGCUGUGCAUUUAAGGUGACCGGAAACCACGCACUGGACUAUCUGCGGCAGCGUGAAUGUACACUCGGCGGAUACAUGACGGAGUACAUCAAGUUCUAUCCCCGGCUAGCAAGCGAACAGUCCGGCAUCAGCGGAGAAGCAUUUCCGGCGCUCGUGUACAUCGCAACGCCCAAGAACGAACACUGGAUAGGCGAGGAACCGUUGCUGGUAACGGCACGCCAAAUCGUCCAGUGCCGUGGCCCGAGCGGCCAUAAUGUCGAGUACCUGGUGCGGUUGGCCAUGUUCAUGCGAGAUGAAUUGCCGGGCGCGUGCGAUGAGCAUUUGUUCGAGCUCGAGGGGCUCGUGCGUCGGUUCGUGGCGGAAGCGAAUGUGAACCUCGAGCUGCUGCUGAUCGGUAGCGUUACACCUCAUCGGAUACGGCGUGAUACGCAUGAGGAAGUGCGGCGCCACGUCACAUUCGAGUUUGCCUCUCGUGUUCCCGAUACCAAGCUUCGCUGUUUGCACAUUUAAGUGUCCCCAGCGGGAAAGAGUACCCACACUUAUGAACGCCAUUUAACAUUUCGCUUUCUAUGUUGUUUUUUUCUUCUUCGCUACAAAUCCCUACGCACAAAGAGAAGCACGACACGUGCCUGAUUCCCCUUCUAAAGAUAUGCUAGCUUUAAGACUACUGAACGCUGCUAUAGUUGACUAUAAAAUUGUUUACGGUAUAAUGAAA